AUGGCUGCGCCGGUGCAGCCGUGCUCGGGCGUCUUCCCACGAGCCCCGCUGCACGCUCAUCUCUGCUCCGUCUCCAGCACGUGUGACCGCGGGCCUUCGUCAGCCACCAGCGUCGGGGGCCAGGGUGGCCGCAGUGGGAUUCCUGCUGGAACCGUGUCCCACAGCUUCUCCUGGGCACACGACUCCCGGAUCUACGGCUUCCAAGCUCGUGGCCACACUUCUGGAGACACUGUGGGCUAA